GUUUCCGCCGGCGCUCAGAGUGACGCAGGGAAGCGCGCCGCGCCGCGCCGCGUGUUUCCGGGGACAGUGCGGGCGGCGGAUGGAGGUCAGCAGUGGAGCUCGCGGCGUAGGGUUUGGAAUCGCUUGCUAGGAGUCUUGUCUCUUUGCCACCCAGGACAUCAUGGCGGCUCACCUGGUAAAACAGUGCACAUGCCUCCUGAGAGAAGCUGCUCGUCUGGCCCCUACCAUGGCUCCAAUUGGCCAACUGAGACUUGCCCGGGUAGCUCAUAAGACUCUGACUUCCUCGGCCACCUCACCCAGUUCCCACUUCCCAAGUUCCAUGAUGAAGCUGGAGGACAAUGAAAAAGUGUUUACUCUCUACCCAGAGAACCAUAUAGACCAGCUCAUCAAGAAGGCCAUAAGGCCAGAGGAGCUCCUGGAGCUACUUGAUGCUGGUCACCACUUGAACAACAAUCAAGCGGCCCUCAUAUUUAUCCAGCUCUCUCGAUUGCUGUUUGAGAAGCCAGAAGACAAGGCCUCGCUCAUACAGGAUGCCCGCUUUCAGCAGCUUCUCUGUCUGCUCAACAGUGAGAUAUCCUCGGUCUGGCAUGGUACCCUCUCGAGGCUGCUGCGGAGCCUCUAUGCUCUGGGCCUCCCCGAGACCUCCAAGGAGCUGCAGUCAGUGGAGCAGGAGGUCCGCUGGCGCAUGCGGAGGCUCAAGUACAAGCACCUGGCCUUUCUGGCAGACUCCUGUGCCACUCUCUCCCGGAAGCAGCGCUCCCAAGAACUGCUCGCUGAGCUGCUCAUGCACCUGGAAAGACGCUGGACAGAAAUUGAAGAUGGCCGCACGUUAGUGACCAUCAUGAUGAAGGUGGGACACCUCUCGGAGUCACUGAUGAACCGCCUGGAAGACAAGUGCCUGGAGUUAGUGGAGCAGUUUGGCCCCGAAGAGCUGCGGAAGGUUCUGGUGACGCUGGCAGCUCAGAGCCGGCGGUCCGUGCCCUUGCUGCGGGCCGUCUCCUACCACCUGGUGCAGAAGCCCUUCCAUCUGACGAAAGGUGUGCUCCUGGACCUGGCCUACGCCUAUGGCAAACUCAACUUUCACCAGACCCAGGUGUGCCAGCGCCUGGCCGCCGACCUGCUGUCCCUCACACCCGACCUGACUUCCGGUGAGGUGGCCCGCUGUGCCAAGUCCUUCGCCUUACUCAAGUGGCUCAACCUGCCCCUGUUUGAGGCCUUUGCCCAGCACUUCCUGAACAGAGAACAGGACAUCCCCCUGCCCCACCUGUGCAACAUGCUCCUGGCUUUUGCGCGUCUGAACUUCCAUCCAGACCAAGAGGAUCAGUUCUUCAACCUGGUACACAAGAAGCUGGGGUCAGAGCUGGCGGGCCUGGAGCCAGCCCUGCAGGUGGACCUGGUGUGGGCCCUGUGUGUGCUGCAGCAGGCACAGGAGGCAGAGCUGCAAACUGUCCUUCACCCUAAAUUUCACACCCAAUUUCUAGGGGGCAAGUCUCAGAAGGAUCAGAACAUCUUCCAGAAGCUGCUCCACAUUAACGCCACUGCCCUGCUGGAGCACCCCGAGUACUCGGGUCCCCUUCUGCCAGCCUCAGCUGUGGCACCUAAGCCCUCGGCCCUUGACAGGAAGGUGACCCCCCUGCAAAAGGAGCUGCAGGAGACACUGAAGGGGCUGCUGGGGAGCGCCGACAGGGGCAGCCUCGAGGUGGCCACGCAGUACGGCUGGGUGCUGGAUGCUGAGGUGCUGCUGGACAGUGACGGUCAGUUUCUGCCCUUAAGGGACUUUGUGGCACCUCACCUUGCCGAGCCAAUUGGGAGCCAGCCACCACCUCCAGGGGCUAAGAGGAUAGCUUUCCUGCGGUGGGAGUUCCCCAACUUCAACAACCGAAGCAAAGACUUACUGGGUCGCUUUGUCCUGGCCCGGCGACACAUAAUGGCUGCAGGUUUCCUGGUAGUGGAUGUCCCGUUCUAUGAGUGGCUGGAACUCAAGUCUGAGUGGCAGAAAAGUGCCUACCUCAAGGACAAGAUACGCAAAGCGAUGUCUGAGGAGCUGGCCAAGUGACCUGUGCUGGUGUGGACUGCAUGCCCAGGGGGCUGACUCUGCCGGAGGUCUAGCUGUGAGCGGGCAAGAAGUGUCGCCUUUAAGGACAAACCUCUGUGCAGGACCUUGGCCAGAGUGGGGAGGGCAGCCAGCAGCUCUGAGGGACAGAGCAUCCUCUUGUGUGUAAUAAAUUUUUAAUUUUGGUGUUGGACCCCGGGGGCCUUCCCAGGCUUUGUCACCCUCCACACUGUCA